AUGGGCCGCCAAAAGAUCAAGAUCGAGAAAAUCGAGGUAAAAAACCACCUCCAAGUCACCUUCUCCAAGCGACGUUCGGGCCUCUUCAAGAAGGCUAGCGAGCUCUGCACGCUCUGCGGUGUCGAGAUUGCCAUCAUAGUAUUUUCUCCGGCUGGAAAAGUCUUCUCGUUCGGCCACCCGAACGUCGAGUCCAUAGUUGACCGGUUCUUGGCCCGAGGCCCGGCCCAUGGCCCGAGCCCCGUCCCGGGCCCGUUCCACCUGGUGGAGGCCCAUAGGAACGCGAGCGUUCGGGAGCUGAACAUGCAGUUGGGCCAAAUCCUGAACGAGCUCGAGGCCGAGAGGAAAAGAGGGGAGGAGUUAGACGGGAUGCGUAAGACGGGCCAGAGCCACUAUUGGUGGGAGGGCCCGAUCGACAAAUUGGGCCUGGACGAGCUCGAGCAGCUCAGGGAUGCUAUGGAGGAGCUGAAGAGGAAUGUGGCCGGCCAGGAAGAUGAUGAUGCCAUUAGUGACUCGUCGUGCCCUUCAGCAAUGAGCAGCUUCCAAAAGAACGCAUCAUCGUCUUACAACAAUGGCAAGAAAACGAGAAAGAACCUUUCGAAAAGAGAGUCUUUGGCCUCUUCUUCUUCAGAGUUUACCAUGGGCUCGCCUUCUUACGGUAGCUUCACUACUUUUGAGAAGAUUCCAGUCAAGAAUGCUAAUGGAGAGGAGGAAAUUAUAACUCCGGUGAGGCGGUCAAACAGGAUUAAGAAUUAUCACUAA